AUGCUCGUAUUUCUUACAGUUUUGUUUCUACUGGCAGGUAACAGUGACGCUUUACAAUGUUUGACGAACUGUUCACUUGGUAAGUAUAGGUUUAAUACGCCACUCGUCGCUGAUAACAAGGAAUGCCAGCAACGUGUUUCUGCAUCGAAAUGUUCCGUCGAUGUGGAGUUCGCUUAUCAUUCUAAGACGUACGAAGUUACUCAUGAGCAUAAUUCCAAUUCGCGAGAUUUCAUCUACAUUACCAUGCAGCCAACUCUAUCCUAUGAUAUUCGGUACGCAUGCUCAGAGAAUACCAAUUGUGCUCUUUCGUAUGCUCAAAAUAGAAUUACUACAAUGACCUCCCAGUACUACGAUGUUUAUCGUCUCCAUGCUCAACUGGCACCACUGAUCGAGAAUUCUUCUACAAGCAACUCUAUCCAAUGUUACAAUAUGAAAAAUGCCAUCGUUUUAUGUGCACCAGGCGAAGUCUGUAAUGUAGAUUAUAAUCCGCGAGAUCACAGAGCGAGAGCACGUGGCUGUAAAUAUCUCAGUAUGCCUGUAGUAAUGGUUUAUGACAGCGAAACGUAUACAUCUUUCGAUAUUACUUGCAAUCGUAAUUUAUGCAAUGGCGACAUAACAUUGUCCGAAGUCAAAAGAAUACUUGCUGAACAUGGUUUAACUGAUUCUAGUGGUCGACGAAUUGCUGCAGGAACUAGGGAGAUGGUUUCUGUUUUUCUGCUACUGGUUACUUCGAUAUUCGUCCUGUCUUUUUAUUUUUAA